AUGAUUCUUUCCGUAUGCAUUCGAACAUUAAGUCGAGUAGAACGAAUGCUCGUCGGAUCACCAAACACUGGAACUAAAUUGUUGAAAGCUUCACGUUCGAGCUUGUCGACGUUACCAACGACUGAACCUCGAACGGCUUCCUCAUCCAGAACGGUUAUAUGUCAGAUCGUGUCUCCUACGUUUUGUGAUUCUCGAGGAGUCGCUUAUGGUGGUGCUGUAAUGAGCCUGAUUGAUAUUACAGCUGGUGUCGCUUCCAAGAAACAUUCUGGAUUGAAUGUCGUUACUGCAUCGGUGGACUCGGUCGCGUUUGCUGAACCGUUACGGGAGGGUGAGAUUGUUAACGUCAGAGCAAGCGUGAAUAGAGCAUGGAACACCUCUAUGGAAGUCGGUGUUCGCGUCGAAGCAGAAGACCCGAAAACUGGAGACAAGAAAUUCUGUUGUCACGCAUACCUGACGUUUGUGGGUCUAAAAGCACUAGGUCAACCAUCAGCUGUUCCGGCAGUGAUGGCUGAAACGGAAAAUGAGAAGAGGAGAUAUAAUGAAGCAGACCAACGACGAACUGAACGCAACGAGAGGCGCAGACGGCUGCCUCCCAUAACAGCUAUUGGUACUAGGCGAAAUGGGUUUAUGGAUACACCACAGGUGUCUAGGAGCAAGAAGAGCGGUAAACAGAAUGGGUUGCCAGCGAAACCGGCUUCAGAGUCGUAUUCUGAGACCGUACAAAUUGUAUUUCCUGGUGAUGCAAACAGCAGCAAUGUCUUGUUUGGUGGAAACAUGAUUCGAUAUAUGGAGUCUAUUGCUGCUAUAGCGGCUGGCAGGCACACACAAAGUGAUGUCGUAACUGCCUCAAUCGACAGUCUGAACUUUAUCCGAUCAGCACAAAUUGGCGAUGUCAUUACCUUAAGGGCAGUAGUAUCUGCUGCAUUUACUCAUUCAGUGGAAGUAUACGUGACUUGUGAAGCUCCAUCUGGAAUUACGAAUGACGGGUAUAUGACAUUGGUUGCAGUUGAUAGUAGUGGUGAAUUGGUGAGAGUACCUCCACUGUCGACUGAUACAGACGAGGAAAAGGUUCGUGAAGCUGGUGCUUCUGAACGGAGGAUGACUCGUUUGAAGCAUCGUGCUUCUUUGAGAAUAUGA